AUUUGUUAUCUAUCUGCGUCAACGAUGCCUGAACCCGCCAAGGCUGCGCCCAAGAAGGGCUCCAAGAAAGCCGUGACCAAGACCGCCGCUAAAGGCGGCAAGAAGAAGAGGAAGACCCGCAAGGAGAGCUACGCCAUCUACGUGUACAAGGUGCUGAAGCAGGUCCACCCCGACACCGGCAUCUCCUCCAAGGCCAUGAGCAUCAUGAACUCGUUCGUCAGCGACAUCUUCGAGCGCAUCGCCGGCGAAGCCUCCCGCCUGGCGCACUACAACAAGCGCUCCACCAUCACCUCCAGGGAGAUCCAGACCGCCGUCAGGCUGCUGCUGCCCGGGGAGCUGGCCAAGCACGCGGUGUCCGAGGGCACCAAGGCGGUGACCAAGUACACCAGCUCCAAGUAGACGCUGCUACGAGCACCAGAAAACACAAAGGCUCUUUUCAGAGCCACACACUGAACUGAAGAACUAUAGACCUGUUGUCAGGUUUGUUUUACGUGUUUGGGGAUUGUUGUCAUGAUUACAUUAUUAGUAAUUGUGAGCUGAGGCAUAUAACCACUUCAGCCAAAUACGGUUCAAUCUCUGGAAAGCUUCAUGUGCACAGGAAGCCACCUAGUGGCGAAGUGUGUAAUCACAGGCAGCUGUAUCUGAACCACAUCAUGCGUGAUGCAUUGAAUUGAAUUGUGCCUGUUAUGUCUCUUGAAAAGGACUAUGAAUCACAAAGUGUUUAACCAAAUACAUAUACAUAAAUCACA